CUCCCUCCCUCCAUCCCUCCGCUCUCCUCCUUCUUUCUACCUUUACCGUCUUUCUCUCUCUUCUUAUCAGAAUUUCCCAGCGAUGAAGAAGUUGAUUCGGCGGCUAUCGCGCGUUGGGGACUCGUCGCAGUACAGUUUGCUCCGGUCGGAAUCGCGGACGCCGUCUCGUUCUCGGAGAUUCGAGUCUUUCCGGACAAUAAAGCUGAGAUCCGGAUCGGUUGGAGUGCCGGAGGGGCACCUUCCGGUGUACGUUGGCGAGGAAAUGGAGAGGUUUGUGGUGAGCGCGGAGCUUCUCAACCACCCCGUCUUCAUCCACCUCCUCAAUAAAUCGGCGCAGGAAUACGGUUACAAACAAGAGGGCGUGCUCCGCAUCCCUUGCCACGUUCUCGUCUUCGAACGUGUCCUCGAAGCCCUCCGCACCGGAUGCCAAUCUUGCGAUCUUUUAGAUUCCCUCUCCGACGAGUUCCUGUAGUAAUUCUUUUUUUUUUUUUUCUUUUGGUUGGUAAAUUUCGCUGUUGAACAGUGAGAUCGAAUAGCGGGUCGGGUAGGUAUUGAGAGUGGAGAUCGCGUUGUCGUUAAUUUUCGUCAGUCUGUUGCUAUGUAAAUAUGGUACAUGAUGAAUCACAGAAGUGAAACAGGGGAUCUUUCAUACUCUCUGUUUAGUGAGUAUAGUAUAUAUUUAUGCAGUCCAAUUCUUUCUUCUA